UACGCGAACGCAAUAAAAGUUUUUGCCCACUGUUGUUUUCUGGAAAAUUUAUGACCUGCUGAUAGUAUUCAAAAUAAUUCACUUUUUCGUACGCGACGGGCAGCUGCUCGAAAUUCACAGCUAGCUACUCGAACUCCUCCAUUGAGUUACUUUUGGCAUGCGCACCGUCAUUUGCCGACCCAUUGAACCAGUUUCUGUUUGGUUUGCUUGUUGCUGGGGCUGGGUGGGGGCUUAGGCCUAAGUCGGUCUGUCACAAAUUUGAGGCCAUUGUGACCGUGAAAUUUGGCCAAACAUUUUGAUUUUGGCUAUUUAAGCUGCGCCGCUGGCCCAGUUAAGCAUCAGUAACAUUUCCAGUUGCAGCUAACCAACAUGGCUUUCAAGUACGUCCUAUUGUCCUUCUGCGCUCUGCUCGGCGCGACCAGUGCUGGCUUCCUGGCGCCGGCGCCAGCCACCUAUGUGGCUCAGCCCCAUUACGAUGCAGUGGGCACCACGCAGCAGAAUGUGGUGCGCUCGUUCGGCGGCACUGUGUCCACCUACUCGAAGAACGUGGUCACGCCCUACUCCAGCGUCAGCAAGGUGGACUCACGCACCACCAAUAAUGUGUACACGCCCAAGACGGUCUAUAGCGCACCUGCUGCAGUGGUCACGAAGUCCGUUUAUGCUGCUCCAGCUGUCACCUAUGCUGCUCCAGCUCCCGUCCUGGCCAAGACCGUCUCGUAUGCUGCUCCGGCUGUGACCUAUGCUGCUCAUUCGCCUGUCAUUGCCAAGACCUAUGCUGCUCCGGCUGUCGCCUAUGCGGCACCAGCUGCUGCUCCCACUGCCUAUGUGAAGUACUCGCCCGCCAUUGGUGUGGCCCAUGUUAGCUUCGAUGGCUUUGGCUCACACUGGGGCUACUAGGCUAGAGUCCAGCACUUAGCACUUGUUGAAACUGUUGUUGUUUAAUCACACGAAAUAAAACUAUUAACAAAAAUA